CACCACAUGCUCCUGUGGCUCCUCGGCCCUAUAAAUCCAUGGCCAUUUGAGCUCUCCUCGACGAGCACGGACAAGAGUAUACAGUACAGUCAAGAAGCGGAAGUACAGUAGUUUACUCCAGAGGCGGAAGUGCAGUGCUGCUUCUGAUCAAGAACAGAGGACGGAUCAAUCGAUGGCUACGUUUGCUGCUGCAACCGUGCCUCUUCCAGGCCGCAUCGCCGGAGCCCGGCGGUGCGUGGCGGCGCGGGCGUCCGCGACGAUGGCGCCGGCGGUGCUGGCAGGGAGGACGCACUACGAGGUGCUGGGAGUGGGCGCGGCGGCCAGCAGAGGGGAGAUCAAGGCCGCGUACCGGCGCCUGGCGAGGGAGGUGCACCCGGACGCCGUCGGAGCUGGCGCCGGUGGAGACGAGGGGUUCAUCCGGCUGCACGCGGCCUACGCCGCGCUCGCCGACCCCGACCAGCGCGCGCUGUACGACCGGGACGUCGGGGCGGCGAUGUUCCGGCGGGCAGCGGCCGCGCCGGGGUUCCGGCGCCGGACGUGGGAGACGGACCAGUGCUGGUAGGACGGACGUGGACGGCUGCUCUGCUUUCCCCAGGCAUGGGCGCGCCGCGGCGCGCGUCGCCAUCGUGGACCUAGGAGGAGCCGACGCGCCGUCUGAUCCGGAUUAGACGGCCCAGGUCGAGCGACGCAACGCGGGAUCUGCGUACACUGCGACACCGCGAGAGGCGCUUUUUAAAGAUCUCUUGUGCGUUAUCGUCAAAGUGCAAAUAUGCAAAUUAGCGGUCUACUGUAAAUUAAUGGCUAAGUAAGGAAUAUGCUACUGGAUCCUCUGCUAUCUA